GCUGCUUUGAGCGAUUCUGUGCGAGUAUCUCCCUUUCUCUCAUGUGUAUGCACGGAGUUUCACUUAGCAACCGGACGGCCAGUGUUUGAACCACAAUCAAUCAACGUUAACACACACAGGCACCAUCUACUGCACCAUUCCAGUGGCCAACACAAAGCCGCUCCCAGACAGCGGCGUGUGGGGAGUUUCUUUUUGUGCUGAUAGUUUUUAUAGAUGAAGUUGUGCAUUAUGUUGGCGGGGCGGCAGUGGUUGAGUUUGAAGCAGUUUGCAGAUUCUCCGGAUGUAGGUGACUCUCCUCCUGCAGCUUGGAGUUGAGAGAAGGAGCAGCUGGAGUUUUUUUUUCUUCUCUCGCUGUGUCUGAGCGGCCAUGUUAACGAGGAAACCGUGCGCUACCGCUGCCUAUUCAACGGGUAGGGCCGCUGACAGCUCGGUGUUGCAGCCGGAUUACAGGACGGGGACCGACUGCUCAGAGAGCCGGAGAGGUGGAGCAGGAUCCCGGUUGGGAGACCCGUCAUCGCCCCGAGGAUUACCGCCACUGAAGAGCCACACGGUUGGAGGUAGCAAGCACACAAUGAAUGACCACCUACAUAUUGGUACCCAUGGACAGAUCCAGGUUCAACAGCUUUUUGAAGACACCAGCAACAAAAGAGCGAUUUUGACCACCCAACCAAAUGGACUUACUGCAGUUGGUAAAACCUCAUUACCAGUGGUUCAUGACAAGCAGUUGGAGAGUUCACAUAGGCGGCAGGGAAGCUCUGCAUCAGUAAAGUCAACAGAUUGUUCUUCAAAACCGAAAUCCACGGUCAUGACACCCGAGCAAGCCAUGAAGCAGUAUAUGCACAAACUUUCCGCAUUUGAACACCAUGAGAUAUUCAACUAUCCUGAAAUCUACUUUGUUGGCCCAAAUGCAAAGAAACGGCAAGGUAUAGUUGGUGGCUCAAAUAAUGGUGGUUAUGAUGAUGACCAGGGCUCCUAUAUCCAUGUACCUCAUGAUCACAUUACUUACAGGUAUGAAGUUUUGAAAGUUAUUGGCAAAGGGAGCUUUGGGCAGGUUGUGAAAGCCUACGAUCACAAACAACACCAGCAUAUAGCAUUAAAAAUGGUGAGGAAUGAGAAACGCUUCCACCGGCAGGCUGCAGAAGAGAUACGGAUCCUGGAGCACCUGAAAAAGCAAGACAAAGAUAAUACCAUGAAUGUCAUUCACAUGCUGGAAAACUUCACAUUCCGCAACCAUAUUUGCAUGACAUUUGAGUUACUGAGCAUGAAUCUUUAUGAAUUGAUCAAGAAGAAUAAGUUUCAAGGGUUCAGCCUGCCAUUGGUUCGCAAGUUUGCUCACUCAAUUUUGCUGUGCUUGGAUUCUUUACACAAGAAUAGAAUUAUUCAUUGUGACCUUAAACCUGAGAAUAUUCUGCUGAAACAGCAGGGGCGAAGUGGGAUUAAAGUGAUAGAUUUUGGCUCUAGUUGUUACGAACACCAACGUGUGUACACAUACAUACAGUCACGAUUUUAUCGUGCACCUGAAGUGAUCCUUGGAGCUCGCUAUGGGAUGCCUAUAGACAUGUGGAGUUUGGGUUGCAUUCUUGCUGAACUAUUGACAGGUUACCCUCUGUUGCCUGGUGAAGAUGAGGCGGACCAGCUUGCCUGUAUGAUUGAGUUGUUGGGUAUUGCACCACAAAAGUUUUUAGAUCAGUCAAAACGAGCCAAAAAUUUUGUGAGCUCCAAAGGUUAUCCCCGUUAUUGUACUGUUACUACUUUGCCAGAUGGAUCAGUAGUUCUCAAUGGAGGACGGUCACGAAGAGGAAAGCUACGUGGCCCGCCAGGGAGCAAGGACUGGGUCGCAGCACUGAAAGGAUGUGAUGAUCCCCUCUUUCUUGACUUCCUGAAACAGUGUUUAGAAUGGGAUCCUGCGUUGCGUAUGACACCGAGCCAGGCAUUGCGACACCCCUGGCUACGCAGGCGCUUACCAAAGCCUCCAACUGGAGAGAGAGGCUCAUCAAAGAAAGCAACAGAAAGCAGUGGUGCUAUUACAUCAAUUUCUAAAUUGCCUCCAACUUCAGGCUCAUCAUCAAAAUUAAGAACUAAUUUGGCACAAAUGACUGAUGCCAAUGGGAAUAUUCAACAACGAACAGUGUUGCCCAAGUUGGUUAGCUGAGUUUGAAUAAAUCUAUGCCAGAAAUGCGAGGAGAAUUUAUUAUCGCAUCACUGAGCCUUAUUCAGUUAAUUUUGUAUUUUUUUGAACUUAGUAAUUAUUCAGCCUUGGAAUUUUAAGUACCAUUCUGUUCCUAAGAGCAAAGAACAGUUUUGUUUUAGUGAUUGCUGGGGACCAUGCAUUAUUGGAAGUUGGUUUUUUUGUAUACUGAGUGUGAAACGUAUUAGCUAUUCAUUCUCUUGGCAUAUGAACGAAUAAUCCAUUCUGUUGGCACUCGAAUAGUGUAUGCCAUGUAACAUUUACAGUUGUAAGAGAUGUCACUAUUCAUUUAAUAUGACAAAACAAUGACAAAUGGUUCAUUAGCCACUAUUGGGCGUUUUAGAAUUUUUGUUUUUGUGGAUAGUGGCUUUUACUAGUCAGUAACAAUGAAAUCUACAGCUUGCAUUUACUCUUGCAAAUUGAUGACAAAACCCUCUAUCUGGAGUGCCAUGGAAUCUAGUUUUCAAUGCCUCAUUAUUUCUAUCGUGAAUAUCCUUCCUUGUGCUGCCAUUGUAUCUGUUCUUCAGUUUAGACUAGUGGUAAAUAGAUGAAAAUUUCUCCUUGAUCUCAGCUAAAUUUAAACCUGGAAAAACUAAAAUUCAAAGCAUGGUCCCCAGUUAGGCUGGUAUAAGACAACUUGCAAUUUUUGCCAAGUAUCUUCAAAUAAAAAAAUGCAUAUUUGGAAUUUAGGUCCUGCCCGUUCCACACAAUUAAGUACUCCAGAUCUUCAAAUGUUUUUGGCAAUGUUACUAUUUAUGUGAAGAUUUUAUAUGUUUUUAGGAAGAAAAAUUAAGAUUGGAAAAUUAAAUCUUUGCAGCACUCAGAUUAGGUUUAAGCUAAUAAACCUAUCCUACUGUUACAGAAUGAAAUCUGAUUUUGUGUAUUUAAAAUAUAUGUUGCAUUGUCUUCUUAGUGCAAUAUUUCAAAUAGCAGAAAAUCCUUUUAUAGUACUUUUAUUAUUUGUAAUAAAUUUUUAUUGAAUGUUAUGUAACUGUACAAUGUCACUGAACUACCACUACAGAGAUUGUUGCUAUGUAUCGGAUUUAUAAAAUGUUAGCAGAAAGAUAUUUUUGUACUUGAAUUGGCCUGAAAGCUAUUCUGAGCAUUUUAUGUAUGUUCAGUUGUUGAGAAACAUCUCCAAUCAAAGCUUUACUUCGCUUGCACGUUUUGUAACUAACCCUUGCUAGUUAUUACAGCUCAUUUUUGUUUAAGGGAGUGGUAAGCUUUGUUUCAGUGUAGUGUGGUUUGAUCAGUACUGUAUAGCAAUGGCUCAGAUGGCUAAAUUGCAAGUAGCUAAUUUUAGACAUCAAUUCAGUCUCGUAGGUAGCUUGUUUGAACAUACCUAUGGUACGUGUUCUGACUUGAUAACUCAGUGUCAUGUGGUCUCAGGUUAUAAUAAGAACAGAAGUUUAAUGACUCAGUUCUUCACGUUGUUGCUGUUCAGGACCAUUAGAGUACAUCACUACAACAAAGAAUCAAGAGUACCAUGUAAGAUUUUUAUAGGCAUAUGAAACUUUGUUUUCUUACAGCAGGCAAAUUGUGCCCUUAGUGUUAACAGUGUGCCUUUUGUUAUCAGUGCCAUGUUGUAGGGUUUACAUGCAAUUGAUUAAUCCUUGAUACUGGGCACACUAGUGAUAUAGCAGUUUACAUGGUUGUAUUGGCUUCAUUGUUGAGAUCGCAUGGAAAGCGAAUGAAUGAAUGCACACUUUGAAUUUUACUGAAAAUUCAACCCUAAAACGUACAACAUUAUAACACUAAUGAAAGAUCUAAACUAUUGUUUCACUUCGUUAGCUGCUUAAGAAAAGCUGUAACCAAAAUAGAACUAUGACUACAAGUUUAUAGAGGGAUUUAUGAUCUUUUGUUUUUCAAGCUACCCUUUUGCAGCAUUUUAUUUAACUUUUAUAUGAAGUAUACUUUAGUUUGUUUUAAAUUUAAAACCUGAAGAAGUAAAAGCGAGCAAUUGUGAGCAUUGGUAGGAAUACUGCAAUUGACCUCUGCCCUGAAUUAUUGAGAAGGGAGGGGCAAAUCAGUUAGGGUUCUGCCUGCUAAUUUGUUAUUUAGUGACCAAUGGAUGACACAUGAGCUCGCUUGUGAUUGAGUCUGCGGUUGAGUAGUGUGCUGACACUCCAGGAUCACGUUUAACAAUGAAGCUUGACUACUUGGGCAAGGUUCCAUAGAGAAAUUGGUGCUUGUGGAACUAUGCUGCGAUAACAAGUCAAUGCUGUCAGGGGAACAGGAGGAAAUUGGUGAAAAAUGAAGGAAAAAAAUGACACUUCAUGGGUAGAGGAGCGGGGUAGGGGGGUGGGGGUGCACAGAGUAAUAUUUAAAUGAUUUCUUGAAUAUUAAUAAAUGUUGUAGCCAUCAGAGCACUUUGCAAAAAUAGAUAGUCAAUUUGCCCCUCUCUACAUUAUAUGUGGGAAGUUUUUUCACGUUUUGUGUGCAAACCAGUUUAAUAUAACGUGAACCAAACUGAUAAAUUUAUACUAAUGUUCCAAACAGAAUUUGUUCCAGUCUACGUUCCCAAAUUGAAAGUUUACUUUAUUGGCCUACAAUAACUCGAUGAAUAAAGCCAAAAGGAUCUAUUGUAUCAAAAGGGAAAAUUUAAAUCUACUGAAUUGCGUAAUAAUCCUAAAUGCUAUAAAGGAAGAUAUAUAUCUGCUCUGUGUUUACUACCCCCUUCUUGCUUCUCUGGCUUUUAUAUUCCAGAAGUCCUGUCUAAUUAUAGUGAUAACUAUCUCCCUUUCUAACAGUUUGGAUAAUGAUCCAUUUCAGCAGAUUAUAGGUCCCUAAAAUAUGUCUUUUUUUUAACUUUAUAGAUUAAAGUCUUUUAAACCCCCAAAAUGUAUAUCCUUCUGUUAAACAUUGUUAUGUACUGCAGCCAGUGUACACAAUUGUUAAGAUCAAUUACACAGCUAGUUCUGCAUGUUAAUUAUUUUAACCUCCUGUAUUUAGAUUAUUCACAUUCAGAUACCCGUCAUUGUAGGUGCCAUAUGCUAAUUCCCUUAAGCUGCCCCAAUAUUGUGCACAAAGUUCUUUACCUUGCCCCUCCCCAAACAAUUACCAUUUAAGUAACAUAGAAUACUUUGUGCACUCCCUAAAUAUGCAUUUAAGUAUUUAUCAAGGACGAGUUUUUGAUUUAAUUUUACAGUGGAAAGACACUUUAGUGCAUUCUUGAAAGUUAACAGUGGCUUAGCUAGUUAUUUCAAUUUUGUCUUCAAAAAUGUCAAACAGCUUCCCAGGAAAUAUGGUUAAUCCAAUGCAUGAGGGCGAAACAAUGUUUUUUACUUUUACCUCAAAAGGUUUGUUUAGAAAUGGAAAGAAAAACCCAGGUAUUUGGUGUGUACCAAAGUGCAUUCCUUUUCACAUAUCUAGCUAUGUGUGUAGCCAGAAAAUUGGUGUCUAAGGCAUCUGGAAGUGAUAUGUUCUCUUGAUCUAUGGUAUAGCGCCAUGAUGAACUUGUUUAAUCCUGAAGCCACCAUUGUUCAUUUCUAGUUUUGGAUGAAAUGGAAAACUUUUAAAUGAUUUUGUAAACAUUGUGUGUGUUUCAAGUGAAAUCUGUAUAAUAUAACUCCUCAAUUUCUUAUUCCACAAAGUUGAAUAUAUGACUGCAGCACUGAAGUCUAGUGAUUUUAUAAUUAGGUUAAUACCUGUCAAUGCAGCAUCACCCAACCUGACACUUGUAGCAAAUUUUGUUGAUAGCACAGUUCUGCUAAAAUGUGUGAAUUUCUAUUACAAGGGGCAUUUAGUGUUCUAAUUUCUCUACCAGCUAUGAUUGCUCUAACAGAGCAAUGGCAGAGCUUAGUUUUAAGAUGAGCACCAAACUAGAUGUGUGUUUAUAAUACGCUGCAGUUGUAUACUGUAUAUAAAUAAAAUUUUGAAUAAAUGCUGACUUUGUAUAUAUGUAUGUAAGAUUCUUGUGAAAUGCUGUCGCCACUUGAUGUGUUUUUAGUGGAUCCCAGUGGCCAGUUUUAUGAUACUGUAUGUAUUGUACAGCUGAUGACAGAAGUAUGACUUUUUUUUUAGUGAAUAUUUGGUUAAAAUUAUUGUGGCCCAAAAUUCAUUUCAAAAUAAAUUUUAUGUCAGAGUUUAUAAGAAA